AUGGAUCAAAACAUUUCAAGAAAAAAACUUUUGAAAUUUUACAAAAGAACCAAGUUAGAAACAAGUAAUUAUGUUGUUCGCCAUAAAAAGAAAUUAACAAUUUCGUGUAUAUUUACUUUUUGUGUUUUUGUUUUAAUAAGAAAUAUUUUUUUUAUAAAUUUUGGGGAUACAAUGGAGAAAGAAGAAAUCUAUAAUUUUAUCAAUAAUGCAGUGGAUAGAUGUUUACAAAAAAAGACAAGAUAUGAGCAAAAUAAAGAAUUUGCACUUAUUAAAUCAAGUCUCCCAAUCAAGCCUGUUAAGAUGACACUUACUACAGCUGUUUUCUUUCUUACUGAUUCUAAACCAUACACAGUAUUAAAAAGAAUAAUUGUGAAUAAAAAAACACCAAUUUUUGAAGAUAAAAUUGCUCUUAAACUUGAACAUCCUCAUUUAGUAAAAUCUUAUAAAUCUAAUAUUAGGACAUAUAGAGACAUUAAUAAUGAAACACAAACACUUAUAUGGUUGUAUAUGGAAUAUCUUCCUUAUAAAGUUUCUCAAUCUUAUGUUAAAAAAGAUGAAAAAAUAAUCAAACAAAUAGCUUAUGAUCUUUUACUUGGAUUACAAUAUUUACAUAAUAAUAAUAUAGCACAUUUAGAUCUUAAAAUAGCCAACAUAAUGGGAUUUAAUCACAACAAUGAAAUUAGAUAUAAAAUUAUUGAUUUUGGUUAUUCACGUGUUGUUAACAAAGAAAUAUAUUUACCAGGAAAGAAUUAUGGGACAUUUCCUUAUAAACCGCCAGAAGUAGUUUUUAAUAGCAUACAUGGCCUUAAAAGUGAUAUUUGGUGUGUAGGGGCUAUUCUCCUUUUUCUUCGCGUGGAGAGAACACUAUUUUAUGAUUCUGAUAACAAGAAAGAUAAAGCUUUGUAUGAAAAAUUUUUAUCUGGGCGGUAUAAAAUUAAAUAUCCUUCAGAUAUUUCUCCUGAAUUACGGGAUUUAAUUAAAGGUUGUAUGCGGCUUAAUAGAAAUCAAAGACCUUCUGUAGAUGAACUUUUAAAUCAUAAAUUUUUCAAUAGAGAAUAUGGUACAAUGUUUUUUGAUUUGUAUGAAGAAUCCUUAGACUCUUAUGAGAGUGAAUAUGAUUAUACUGAUGAUUCAAUAGAUCUCGAAUUAUAA